AUGUAUUAUUUUCAAUGGAUACGGCAGUUAUUACAUAAAGUUAGUGAGUAUGCUACAAAACUCUUAUCACAAGAAAUUUUUAACAUGGAUAUAAAUGCAGAAUGUACGAAUGAUCAUAACUCUCACAUCAAUAAAAAAUAUAACAAUUUUGAAAAGCAUCAAGCGGAACCGCAAUCAAGAAAGAAGAGACUUGGAUCAAAUGCAAUACGUCAUAUAUUUCAUGGAGUAAUAGAUCUAAAUAAUGAUGGUAUUUUAGUAGCUCAAGGUGUACAUUCACUUGUUGAUUGUCCCAGUAACGUAAAAGUAGUUAGAAGAAUCCAAAAGCCAGAUAGAAACAAUGUUUAUGCAGUUAGACUAGCCAUGACAGAUUUAGAAACAGGUAAAAUUUAUAAAAAAAACUCAACAAUGUUUCCAGAAACAUGGUCAAAAGAACGAAUCAUAGCUGAAGUAGAAUCCGUUUUGGAAAGAAUAACAAUAUGUCCAACAACAACAGGAAAAUCUCUUACCCUAUGUUUUUCAUCAUUGACAUCUCCAAGUGGUAUACCAUUGAACAUUAUUUAUGAAAAUGGCCGUCCUGUAUCUGCAUAUCCAAUAUGGCAAAAAUAA